AGGUAAACAGCAUGUUGGACGAAGUUUAACCCAUGUUUCGUAUAUAUUGGACACAUGCAGUACCAAAUGUACGCGCUGCCCACUGUUCGCCCGCGUUGUUGGUAGUGCUGUCCGUCUGUCCGUACAUUCGUUAAGAUUUCGUCUGUCCGUCCAGCCAUUCAGCCGUCUGUUGUUGUUUAUUUGCUAUAGACACUCGUCUUUACACACGGGCAUGGCGUGUAGAUAAUAUUAAUUCGACAUGUUGUUGCUAUUGUUGUUGUGUUGUUGCCAUUGCCGUUGUCGUUGGCGUUGAAUCGUACUUAUUAUUAUUAUUAUUACUUUUUUUUGUGAGCACACCACGCUGAUAAAAUAAAGAACAAUAUUAAUAUGAGUUUAAAAAUAGAUUUGCUCUUGUUGUUGUUGUAUGUUUUUGCUGCAAUUUACGUUGUUGUGUGAUAUACGUAUUGUGUGUUUUACGAGUGACUUGUUUGUAGAGCGCGCUCGCGGCGUUAAAGUGCGAGAAACGCACACAGUGUUGGACACAAAGAGUGUGCGAGGAGAGUGUGUGUGUGUGAGAGAGGAGAAAAAGAGUGAGCGAACGUGUGAUCUCGACGUUGUUGCUUCGUACAGCAACAAAAUAAGGAAAAUACCAAGAGUAGCGCUGAGUUAACGAAGAGUAAAAUGCUUAAUUUCGUGGUGAAUUUGACACAUUCUCAACCAAACACAAAUUGCGGAACCUUUAUUUGCUUACCGCUGACAGGAUAUGUAUGUUGGAAAUGCGUUUUUUGGAGAGACAAAGUUUAUAAGUUAUCACUAGUUUCAUUAUUUUAGGAGAAACUAAGUCAGUAGCUGCAGUAUUAUUAAUUAACAGCUAAUAUUUAGUAACAACAAUUUCUGCAGAAUCGUGUUUUCCAAAAAAAUCUCUUCAUAGAUAUACUCAAUGCGACGACAAACACUUAACCAAACUUGUGGCUCAACCCUUUACGCUCAAUUAUCUCGCUCGCCUGCGCCAAUUGCUAGCUAUAUUCAUUGCUCUCUCCCUCUUACUCUCUCUGAAUACAUUGGUUGGGGAGUUAAAGCUGGGCGCUUGGCGCUGGCGGCCCAGCGUUUACGGUUUGGGGAGUUGUGGAGCUGCGCAUUUUGCAAUUGAGCAACAGCUGAGUGCCAGCCGUUAGCUCGGCGCACUCACACGAGUGCAGAGCAAAUUAUCGGCGACUAUGCGCUCAGUUCGUAGCGUUGCGUUGUGAACUGGCUGAGCGCUGUGUGCAUUCAGUAUUAUUCUAUUCGUCUGCGAUAAAAGUUGCGAGUAAAUGUUGGGUCUACGUCUCUAGUUAGAUAGAUUCUUUUUUUUUUUGUUUGUUUCAAUACCGUGGUCUCCUAGUGCAAGCUGGAAGUUUUUCAGCUCGUUUACUGCGGUCGCUGUGUGGUUUAUAUGUCGGUACGUCAGUUAAACGUCGGUGGUCGUUGCAGUCAGCUUUUACGUACUGGAAAGGCGUGGAAAAACUCUGUUAUGAUACCGGAAUCGCUGCAGAAAAAGGCAGACGCAUUUCAUAUUGGUUAUUAACCCCCACAGGGUUCAACUAAAGCUUAACGUAGUAGUUGUGUGUGUUUUAAAAAUUAUUCAAUCAAAAUAACUGCGUUGGCUGCAAAUUUUCGAAAUUUUGUACUAAAGUGUUAUUAAAUUGGUGAUAAUAAAUAAUAAAUAUGCGCAUAUUUAUGUAUGCGUGACGUUUUGUGUCCACUCAAAGCCAUACUACCAAGUUUUCAACAAAAAUUCUGCCAACAACAGAAGUGCAUAAAUAUUUGCUGCAGCUGUGCGCACAUAAUUUAUGGAUAACGGUCUAAAACAGCUCGUCAAAGUGUAUACGUUGCAUUUAUAUAACAUUGUGGUCGGUUGUCGGUUGUGCGCAACGCAAGCGUAAAAUAGCAGCACAAUAAUAUACGAAAAUUCCACAAGCGAAAGAAAAUAAAAUAACACGGUAUAGCAAUUGUUGCUUACAACAAUAGUGUUAAUCAAAAAUUGCCAGAGCAAAGUUGUAGCAACAAACGGUGUGUUCUAAACAAAAAAGCAUCGCCAAAACAAGCACGUGCACUGCAACAAUAACAACAAUAUCGCAGCAAAAAAUUCUUCCUCAUAGGUGUCGCGCUGAUCGGCCCCGGCCUAAGGGGCCAUGACGCGUUGGCCCUUUCAUUAUUUAUUAUUGCUCUCGGUGGCAGUAUUCUGUGUACCGGGUGUCAUAGCGUUGCGCGACGAACAAAAUAGGACCAUACUCAAUGUUGGCUAUCUAACAGCCAUUACCGGUGAGCUAAUGGACAAGCAGGGUCUGGCCAUUUCAGGUGCACUCACAAUGGCUUUAGAUGAGAUCAACGACGAUGCCAACUUGCUGCCGAAUGUCAAGUUGCAGCUACGCUGGAAUGACACCAAAGGUGACACAGUGACUGCUACCAAAGCCAUAACCGAGAUGAUAUGCGAUGGCAUUGUGACGAUAUUCGGUCCGGAGGGUCAUUGCUAUGUGGAGGCUAUUGUAUCGCAAAGUCGUAACAUUCCAAUGAUAUCAUACAAAUGCGCUGAAUACAGAGCAUCCGCCAUACCGACAUUUGCGCGCACAGAGCCGCCAGACACGCAGGUAAUUAAGUCAGUGAUUUCGCUAUUGCGUUACUAUGGCUGGAAGAAAUUCUCCAUUCUGCAUGACGAACUGUGGACGACCGUCGCCGAUUUGCUCAAAGAACAGGCCACCAAGAGGAAUAUGACAAUAAACCAUAAGGAGUCGUUUCUUACGAAUAUGCCAAAAUGCUGUGCAUUAGGGUUGCCCUGCUGUCGUACGAGUUUUUGGUAUCAGACUGUGCAAAAUACAAUGAAUCGCACCCGCAUCUAUGUAUUCCUCGGUUCGGCGAGCUCACUGGUCGACUUUAUGCUCUCCAUGGAAACGGCCAAUUUAUUCCUCAAAGGUGAAUACAUGGUCAUCUUUGUCGAUAUGAUGCCCUACACACCAAAAGAAGCCGAAAAGUAUUUACGCAAACCGGAACAAAUUGAAGCGAUGAAGGCCUGCCACGAAACAGAGAGCUUCAAGCAAUUGGCGCGCAGUUUGCUAGUCGUGGCCUCCACGCCACCCACGGACAGUUAUGAAGAUUUCACGGCCAAAGUGCGUGGGUACAACGCGAAGAAGCCGUUUGAUUUUCUUGUGCCAUCGUUAUUUUACCAUAAUAAAUAUCUUAAGUUUGUUUCUAUAUAUGCCGCUUACCUCUAUGAUUCCGUUAAGCUCUAUGCCUGGGCGUUGGAUAAAUUGCUGCGCCAGGAGGAGCGCAUACUAACGGAUGAUGUGAUAUACGAUGUAGCUAGUAAUGGAACUAGAAUAAUUGAGACUAUUAUCAAAAAUCGUACUUAUAGAAGUAUCACUGGUGCAACCAUAAAAAUCGACCAGAAUGGUGAUUCCGAGGGAAAUUUCUCUGUGCUGGCCUACAAGCCACACAAACACUAUUUCAGCGACAAUGUGUCCUGCAAUUCGCAUAUGGUGCCCGUGGCCUAUUUCCAACAAGGAGAAGAUAUUCCAGAAUACAAACUCAUCAAUGGCUCUGUGCGCGUUGAUUGGCCCUCGGGCGGCGAUCGUCCCUUCGACGAGCCGAUGUGUGGUUUCGCCAAUGAGCUGUGCAAAAAGGAUGAUCGACAUAUAACAUCUGUGGUGGCGGCGGGGGUGCUCGGUUUGCUGCUAUUCUGUGCGGGUGUCAUCACAAUGAGCAUUUAUCGAAAGUGGAAAAUCGAGUUGGAAAUCGAGGGUCUCUUGUGGAAAAUUGACAUAUCGGAAAUAAAGGGUUACUCGGGCAAUGAUAUUGUCGCAUCGCCAAGUAAGUUGAGUUUAGUGAGUGCCCAAUCGUUUGGUUCGCGUUGCUCAAAUCAAGUAUUCACCUCAACGGCGCGCUUACGUGGCGCGGUCGUGCGCAUCAAGGAGCUGAAGUUCCCCCGCAAACGGGACAUUUCGCGCGAGAUAAUGAAAGAGAUGCGUUUGUUGCGCGAACUACGCCAUGAUAAUAUAAAUAGCUUUAUUGGGGCUUGUGUGGAGCCGACCCGUAUACUACUAGUCACCGAUUACUGUGCCAAGGGCAGUCUCUAUGAUAUAAUCGAGAAUGAGGACAUCAAGUUGGACGACCUAUUUAUCGCUUCGCUCAUACACGAUCUGAUUAAGGGCAUGAUUUACAUACACAAUUCGCAAUUGAUGUACCACGGCAAUCUGAAAUCGUCCAACUGUGUGGUGACCUCGCGUUGGAUGCUGCAAGUGGCCGACUUUGGUCUGCACGAGCUGCGAAAUUGUGCGGAAAGUGAGUCCAUUGGAGAGCACCAGCACUACAGAAAUCAAUUUUGGAAAGCGCCUGAGCUGCUGCGCAAUCCACACCUGUAUGGCACCCAAAAAGGCGAUGUUUACGCCUUUGCCAUAAUAAUGUACGAAAUAGUCAGUCGGAAGGGUCCAUUCGGACAGGUAGCCUACGAACCAAAGGAAAUCGUAGAUCGGGUGAAGGAGCUACCACUGGCAGGAAGUAUACCGUUUCGACCCGAACUGGAAUGCAUAAGGGAACACGAGCUGUGUUCCGACUAUGUGCUUGAUUGUAUUAAGGAUUGCUGGAGUGAAGAUCCUGAGAUAAGACCAGAUUUUCCAACUAUACGGAAUCGCUUAAAGAAAAUGCGUGGUGGCAAGACCAAGAAUAUCAUGGAUCAGAUGAUGGAAAUGAUGGAGAAGUAUGCCAACAACUUGGAGGAAAUCGUUACCGACCGCACGCGUAUGCUGUGCGAGGAGAAGCGCAAAACCGAAGAUUUACUGCACCGCAUGCUGCCGCGUACUGUGGCGGAGAAGCUAACAAUGGGUCAAGGCGUCGAACCGGUGUCAUACGAUCUGGUCACUAUCUACUUCAGCGACAUUGUGGGCUUUACCGCUAUGUCAGCGGAGAGUACACCACUGCAAGUGGUGAAUUUCUUAAACGAUCUCUACACGGUAUUCGAUCGCAUCAUACGUGGCUACGACGUUUACAAAGUGGAAACCAUAGGCGACGCUUAUAUGGUGGUCUCUGGCUUACCAAUCAAGAAUGGCGAUCGACACGCAGGCGAAAUUGCUUCAAUGGCUCUGGAUCUGCUGCAUGCGGUCAAGCAGCAUCGCAUAGCGCACCGACCCAACGAAACACUCAAAUUGCGCAUCGGCAUACACACCGGUCCCGUGGUGGCCGGUGUGGUGGGUCUGACAAUGCCACGCUAUUGUCUGUUCGGCGAUACCGUGAACACUGCGUCGCGUAUGGAGUCCAAUGGCGAGGCAUUAAAAAUACACAUAUCAGGUAAAUGUAAGGAGGCGCUUGACAAGCUUGGUGGCUAUGUGACUGAGAAGCGCGGUCUGGUGUCGAUGAAGGGUAAAGGUGACGUAGUCACGUACUGGCUGACAGACGCCACAGAAAAGGCUAUACAAAGGAAAGAGGUCGAUAUGACCGAUAUGCCACCGCCGCUGUUUUGUCGACCGCGCAAAAGUCCAAAGUUGAAUAGCGAUUCGCGUCAGCCGAGCAUCGUGGGAAUGCAUUUCUAUGGUGGUGGCUCGCGGCGCACUUCAAUGGUGCCACGCACCGAUAUCGAGUCUAAUUAUAGCCUACAAGGUUCCACAUAUCACGUGGCACGCGAUUCACCACACUUAUCGUCGCGUCGUCACGAUCGGCCGUCGCUGAAUGGCAUUGGCGGCAAUAGCAUACCGGAGCGCAUGAGUUACUAUGGCGGCUAUGGUGGCGGGGGGACCGGUGGCGACAGAAGUGGGAGUGUCGGUGAGACUAGCACGCUGCUGGAGUCAGCGCAUGCAUCGCACAACACGCUGGAGCAUUCCGAAAACGAAACGAACUGUGAUAAAGAGUGCGUGAAUGGUUACGGUAAUGGUGAUAGUAGUGCAGUCGAGAGUAGCGUAGUUGCUGGCGUUGGCGGUAUUGGCAUAACAAGCGUCGUGGGUAGUGCGCUGCAGGUAGGUGCAUACCGCUCACCACAUUCCGCUGCCAGCUCACCUAGCCACAAGCCGCUUGCCUUGGUGCGUCCACAUCGUCGCAUUAUUAGCGAAAAGCUGCCCUCCUCCGUCUCGAUACAGGAGUUUGGUGAUAUCGGCAGACAUCCCACCGUCGCACAAACGAUUUUACUGCGCGAGACACGUUCACUUGACCCAAUGCCUAUGCAGCUGCGUAAACGUCAUGAGCCCGUCAAACUACCGCCGUCCAAAUUGUCGAAAAACAACUCACGCUCCUUGGAUGCAGUUGCAGCGCUCGGUUUAAGAGAGAGCAAACCCACCAAAUACGAAAACGCCAAUAUGAAUGGCAUUGCAGGCGAUGAACUUGUCAAUAUGAGUCACACGGAGCUGGAGGAUGUCAACGUGGAUACAGCACCCAAUAAUUUGGAUGAGGAAGACUACGACGACGAUGUAGGCUUGCUAAUGCGCGACAAUGGUGGCUAUCGCUACGCUCAUAGUGGUGGUCCACAGCCAAGUAUCGUGCCCGUUGCAUCCACACUACUGAAUCGCAGACGCAGUGGCAGCCACGUAAACACCACAACCGUUGGCGUUGGUAACGUAAGUGCUGGCGCUGGGGCCACUGUCCUCUUACCGUAUAAGCAUCUCAACAACAAUUGCAACGGCGGCAUGACCAUCGAAGAGGAUGCGCCGCUACUACAACGUCAGACGUCGCUCACUAGUCCACCCGACGAAAUAUUGGCGCUCACAAAGCGUUGGCGUUCACUCGAAGCGCUCGAGCACACCAAUAUCGAAGCGCUCACCACACCUGCGUACGCCAACAGUGGACGUAGCGCUGCUGGCAUGCCACAUACUGGCCAUAAUAGCGUUAGCUACGCGCCGGAUAUCGACGGCAGUGGCGCUUCAGGCUCCGCGGCAGCGGGUAGCGCACCUGCGACGCGCAACGGCAGCACAUUCACGACAUGGCUGUGGCGCAUCAUACAGGGCAACAGCAAACGUACGAGCGAGUCGUCGCUGCGACGCGUAGUGCCGAGCGGUGUGCAUGCGCCGCACGUCUUCAGCGAUCUGCCGACGUCAGCGGCGUUAACGCGCGAUCGUGAGAGUAUCGUGUAGUGCGCGACAUAUGCGGAAUGUGUGCGACCAGCUAACGAUUUUGGGUAUUGUGUAAUAUUGCAACUGUCUGUGUGCAUGAAUGUAUAUAAAUAUGUAUAUGCAAGACGAGCCGACGCGCCGAUGCGCCGCGCUGUUUUCCACAUUUUAAAAAUUACUUAUUAAUUCCUUAUUAAUUAAUUAAUUUAUUUUGUAAAUUUUCGCAACAUUUUCAAGCAAAAAUGUUUGGCAAAAUCGGCUGUAAAAAUUCUAACGGUUUAAGUGUCGUCCAUAGCGGGACGCGCUUAUGAACUUCGACGCGAAAACAGCAUGACGUGUAUGGCAUCCGGCGCGCGUGGCAACGGAAGGUACACGGUACACAAUGUAGUUGCAAGAAAUAAAUAAUACAGUUACUCUCAGGAAAAUACCGUUUUCUAACAAAUAACUUUUUUUUGAAAUUGUGUGUUGCUUGUCUUGUAGAUUUAUGCAAAGUUACGCUGUCAUUCAACAACAAAAAAAACUCCAAUUUUGCUUGUGGACUUCAAUAUUAAAUUACCGUUAUUUUUACCUACGAAAUUGCACUUUCUCAAAAUUACAGCAAAAACAAAAGUGUAAAUUUAGCGCUUACGUAAUAAAUGUUGUACAGUUGCGUUUAUUUUGAAUAUUUUUUAGCUAAACGUUGUGGUAUAUGCAUGCAUUAGGGCGUGUCAAAAAAUCAUGAAAAAAAAUGUUUGUUUCGCUUUGUACUCUGAAAAAUAGGCAUAUCUUAGGCAUCUUUAUGAAAAUCUCUCCAAGUAUGAGCUAAACAUUGUGGUAUAUACAUUAGGGUGUGUCAAA